AUGAGGGCUUACACGAUGACAUUAGUCCUCAUGUUGCUUCCGCUUAUUGUUAGAAGAUCUGAUGAAGCUGAAGAAAAAGAGAAGUAAUCAGACCCUUAUACAAAUCUAUGUUUAAAGAUAAUUUUGACUUAAACUUUGCCUGUCAGGGAUAAGGGCGAGUACUGCAAAAAUUUCCUUGAAACGAAGUUUUAAUCUAUCCUCUAGCGGUACUUUCAUUAUUUCGCUAAGAUUACUGACGGAAAUUUAAUUAUUAGUCCCUAAUUUUCUAUCCAGGGGUUGGAUUUUUCUUGUUCCAUUUUCUCUAUCGUGUACUACAAGCAUUUUUAAGUCCGCGUUGAAUGUUUCAAGUGAAUUUUGAAGAACAGCAAAAUGGGCUUAUUAUUAAGCGGCGACUAUUCGACAUGUUGUUUGUGUCAAAAACAGUAGCGAUAGAGGAAAUUAAUAUGGGUACAUUCAUAGCAUAAAAAAACUAAAGGAAAGAGUGAUUUCUGUCCCGCCUUAUUCUCUAUUUUCGAAAAAGAAAAAAUAACCUGUUCAUCUCUUUUAAUUGACAAAAAGAAAGCACAACUAGGUACUAAGUGAUUUUGAAGUAAAAUGACGCCAGUUCGUUUUUGAGUAACCUGAUGAAGUGAUCUCUUUCAUACUGUUAAGUAGAUGGCAUCGUUAGCAGGAUAGAGUUGUUUAAUUACAACUCGAAGAAAGGCAGAAUAUUUAAUUUUUUGUGACUGUAUGCAAGAAGCCUCUUCAAAACGUUUUGGCCGAAAAGAGAAAUAAUGUCAAAUUUUUCAAAGAAAUUGUGACAAUAUUGAUCUUGCUCAAUGGUCUGAACGGUAUAAGGCCAAAAAAGGUCAGCGUAGAGUGCCAACUUUAAGCCGUUUUACUAUUCGGAUCAGUCUUUGAUUAAAUAUGUUUUUUAAUUUUUUCAAAUAACUAGGAAAAAUGUAAAGGAUAAAACUUUCAUGGAAUGUUGACCAUGUUAUGGCCAGCAGACGGGAGGUCAAGAGAAAUAUGAGAUCAAAAACUAAAUUGUAACGUUAAAAACUUGCAGUUCAUUUAUUUCAUUGGUUCCUUAAGUGGGCAAAAUAUAAUAUUAUCGGCUAGUAUUUUCUUCUAUACCACUAAACAUCUACCUAUCUUCGCUAAAUGAGAAAAUACGAGGUCAAGAGAAAAAUGACCUCAAUGCACUCUUCUCGGAAGCCCAGUUUUGUGCUAGUAUGGCAGCUUGCCGCCUGCGUCGUAUAUUAUAAUCAGGUAGUUUUUCUCUUCAUUAAAGAGCACUGGAAGACUAUGCGAAAUCCAUGGAGCUGGCCUUAAAACUUUCACAGAAAAUAAAUGAAGCUUUAGCAGUACACGAUAAGAAGGUGCGACCAAACGCAGGAGGUGAGAGCAGCUUGUAAUUAGUAUAUAGUUUACUGUCCUUUCACAGCCGCGUUCAUCGACUCAGUUAAGCUACCCUUGAGGAGCAAUUUUAUAUUCUACGAUUAUUCUUCGAUUCUCGUUGUCACAGCUUCGACAUUCUAGAGAUGAAUUAAGGAGGAGAGAAAUAUAGAGUAAGUGCGGACCCAAAGGACACAAACUUUCAGUCUAAAAGGGGAUAAAAUUAAAAAAACGUACAUUUCAUGUAUAUGAUUUCUCUCACAGGUCCACCAGUUAUGGUUGAUGUAGAAUUCAAAAUUAUCUCAAUUGGGGAAAUUAAAGAAGCUCAGAUGGUAAGAGGCACUCUAGAUUUGAUUAGUUUACAUGAUGUCGCGCGGUUACUCCCUGUAUUGUUGAUCAUUUACAUCUAUCUUGCUUCUUCAUAAGUUCGAAAGCAACCUGUAAACCAGCUAUUUGCUUAAAUUGUCAUAAUUGUCAUCAUUAUUAGUGGCAAUUGCCAUUAUUAUUUUUUAUGGAAGACUUUAUAGUAAAAUUAUCGUCUUUUAUAAAGUGCAAUUAUGAGCCCGAUAGAGUACUAAAGUGUGACGUCAUAAAAAUGAAAUUUCUGAAAUUAUGGGAUUUGUCAGGAUAUUUUGAAAGAACAAUGUCCAAGAGGCCUACUUGCCAAAAAUGAGCAUUUGGGGGCAAAUUGUCUCUGAGAUCGUAGCCCAGUUAUGCUUACAAAACUCCAUACAAACCCUCCUCAAUUUUUUUUGGGUCGACCCAAAAAAAAAAUUACAAGGGUUUGUAUGGAGUUUUCUGAGUAUAACUGGCCUACGAUCUCAGAGACAAUUUGCCGCGAAAUGCUCAUUUUUGGCAAGUAGGCCUCUUGAACAUUGUUCUUUCAGAAUAUCCUGACAAAUCCCAUAAUUUCAGAAAUUUCAUUUUUAUGACGUCAUCACUUUAGUGCUCUAUAGCCUUUGCAAUUAAACUAUGUAUAAAAGCAUUAAAAAAACAGUUAAGUUGCGAAUAAAAUGAAUAAUAAAAUAGUAGAAAUCAAUGAUAACCAUUUAAAAUGGAGAUCAAUAUUUAUGUAGUCAAAAACAGUCUCAUCUAUAGCUAAUCUUUGUGGAUUAUUAUCGUUAUUAUUAUUAUUAUUAUUAAUAUUAUUAUUUUCAUUAUUAUUAUUGGUUCUUAUACUUGGAUAACAAAACUCAUUAAAUUGAAUUGAUUGCUGAGUGUGAGGUCAGCUUAAUCUAUUAAUCCUGACCUUUUACCUAUAAAGGAAUACACAAUGGAUAUAUUCUUCCGUCAAUGGUGGACUGACCCAAGACUGGCACAUAAUAUGAGCACUCCUUUCAAUAUGGCAGGAGAUGCAACUCAAAUGAUCUGGACACCAGAUACGUUUUUCUGGAAUGUAAAAGCAGCAAAAUAUCAUGGUGUAACGCGAGAAAAUAUGAGAAUAAAAAUACAUGGAGAUGGCAAAGUCUACUUCAGCACAAGGUAAAGUGACCGGUAACGCUCAUACAUUUAAAACGUUAUUGUAAAUAUUUAUGAUUAUGAUUAUGAUUAUGAUUAUGAUUAUGAUUAUGAUUAUGAUUAUGAUUAUGAUUAUGAUUAUGAUUAUGAUUAUGAUUAUUAUUAUUUGCAACCGCAACACAUCGAGUAACUAAUAAAACAAGCGUGUGCCUUUCCAGGGCUGGUUUCAGGAUGAGUGGGAUUUUAGCCAAUCAGAUAUGGAAAAAUAUUUUGAUUGAAUAAUAAUACUGAUUCACACUUGGUUCCGAAGCUCAGGGAUUAAAAAAUAGAGAGAUUUGAACCACCUGGUGAAGUAUAUUCUUGACUCUAAACUGGAAGCCAAGCAUUGGCCUUGUUGCAGUCAAACAAACAAACGAAUAAACAAACUCGGAAACCCUGCCCGCCCCAUUGAUUAUUAUAAGAGUUACACGGGUGACAGUUCUUACAGGUGUCAGUUUAUAGAGCUUCUCAAUGUCUCUUUUUUUACCUGGUUCUUAAAAGAAGCAGGUGUUUGUGAACUCUUAAAAAGCAUACUUAGUUUGAACCAUGCAUAUUAAAGGACCAAUAUAUCUAAUACUGUCUUUCCCAUAGAUGGUAUACGUAGUAUUUAUUUUGGAAUAAAAAAAAUGUCUGAAUUUGUCAGGUUAUAACUUCUGUUGUUUAGGGUGGCUCGACUGGAUUUUUUAGGGAGUAUACCUCCCAACUUUGGGCGUUUACCAAGUCGCCAUUAACAAAGAUAACUCAAAAAGGUUACCACAGCGGCACUGUGUAAAGAUGAAAGUUUCAUAUUUUUAUGUAUUGGCCUUCAACCUCUAAGUUGAUUUAAGGUUUGACAUAUAUUCUGUUCUUUUUAGCAUUACUUUUACAGCGCAAUGUGAUAUGAAUCUUCGCAUGUACCCAAUGGACAUUCAAGUUUGCCCUUUAACUAUAGAGAGUUGUAAGUACAAUCUCUCUGUCCUAAUAACCCUGGAUUUAUCACGUUUUUUCAUGUCCUAAAGAUUGUUUUAUAGUAAUAAACGUCUGAAGUGAAAGUAACUGCAGUCGUUUGGUGAGCCAAUACUUUGCUUCCUGAUAAUUUAAAGUACGUUGAUCGGCUUUUUAAUUGUGUGUCUCAAAUGAAACUCCUGUUAUUAUUUACUAAUUUUUUCUCACGUAUCAAUAGGCCAUUUCCGAGUUCCCCCGGGCCUCUGUUUCAAAACGAGGAUAGGUGCUCAGCCUUUGAUAUGGAAAUCAUUUUUCAUUCUCAUGCAAGUAAAACUCAUUUUCACAAAAAUGGUUGUGCACCUGGCCUCAUUUUGAAAGUAAGGGCUUUUGGAACUCGGAAGAGGCCUAUUGCAAGCUUGGAAAUGAGGACCAUGAGCGUCAGUCUCUUUAAAAAGGCGACAGUCGAUCAAAUUAUAAACACAACGAAUGAAAUCUAAAAAAAGACCGCAAGUCGACUACGCUGUGACACUAACACUUGUGAUGGAUCGACAUGCCAACUUCAGCUUCAACGUUAUUUGCACUGUGCAGAUGAAUUUAUCUUACACAUAGAGAAGAUAUAAUUUUGUCACAGAAAUGUACUCAAAUAUUGAUAAACGGAAAAGCUAGAGAGGAUGUGCACAGUGGCCAAAGGGGCCCACGUUUUCGAGUUGGCCACUGUCAUGUUUGAAAUCUAAUCUGUGGCUGCCCUCGAAAGUCGUACUUGGCAUCCGAAGGAGUUUCGUUGUUAUUCACAAGAAAAAGAGAAAAACUUAAAUCGUCAGAUCUUUUCUUUAUAUCCAAAUAAUCUUUAACUCUUCAGUUCUUCAGAUAACAACUGAGUCUGCCUUACACGAUACGGAUGAGCGAAGGAUUACAUGGAUUGUAAACCUAAAUCACACAUGUGAUAAACAAGAACAUGGCGGCAACUAGCACGAGUCCUUAGCAAAAUGGUAACAACCGCUGACCAUAAAUACUGAAAACUUCUUACUACAGCACUGCUGUAGUAACAUAAUCAGAAAAAACCAAGAUUUAUAUUCGUUAAGAUAAACGGGCACAUUACUAGGAUUAAAUUAGCUGCAAAAACCGUGGACGAAGAUCCUGCUAGUUGUAAACGUUGGAUCUCUAGAAAAGAGAUCAGAUCAGCCAAAAUAUAAAGAAACAAGAACAAGAAGUCCAAAGACUACUGCAAAGCUGAUUAGGCAAGCAUAAUCUACAGUAAAUAUUAUACUAACUGAAGCAUAGCUUAACCUGGGAGCUCACUCAAGCGCUCAUUCAUUCCGUGUGAUGGGCUCCUCAUUAGUGAUAAGAGAUAUCUUCCACGUUUCAGAUGCACAUACCACAAAAGAUGUUGAUUACCGAUGGAAAGGAGGCAAGUCACAGGGCGUUGAGAUUUUCUCCAAGGAAAUGGCUCAGUUUGAAUUUGUCGGUGCCAAAACGUCGACUAAGGCAAACACCAACAGUAAAGGCAAGCAAUUUUAAUCAGUUAAGAUAAAAUUUGUAGCAUUUUCGUUUAGGUCAUUUGGCUCUUUAUUUUUUAAAUUUGAUUUUACGGACUUUAAAAUUAGUUAUUCUCUACAUGCACAGACUAGCGUUUGUCUUUUUGUCUGUAAAUAAAGGAUCCUUUACUAGUCUACAAGCAUUUUUUACCUUCAAGAGACGUGUGUCGUACUUCAUUACCACCACCUUUAUGCCAGCAGUGGUUCUUGUGAUUCUAAGUUGGUGCUGCUUUUGGAUCGACCGUUCUGCUGUUCCGGCACGAGUAGCUCUCUCCAUAACAACUAUUCUAACUACCAUUUUGCUGUAUGGCUCGGUCAACUCCAAUAUGCCCAAGGUAAUUUUACUGAAAUAGCAAACAAGAACAUUAACGCAGAUACUGCAAUAAAAGAUAAGCACUGCGAGUUUGAUAGAACCCAAUAACGCAGUGACACGAUCUGGGGCGUACGAUACGCAGUGUUAGUUCCCCAAGUAAAUUCUGAGAGUCUGCAAAGUAGUCAAAGAAGCCCUGUCUUCAAGACAUUUACCUCUAAAUAGACAUUUUAAAAUUGUGGCCUUUUCCUAUAUACCUUGAAAUUUUACCCCAUAGUAGCGCCCCAGUGAGUUACUUCGCACUGAGCGGGGCAACGUACUGUAGAAUCUAUCAAGAAUCUAUCAAGAAUCUACCAAGUCACAGUUACCGGCGAAUGUUGAAGCUCGUUGCAAUUUACGUUAUAAAAAUUGUUCACAUACUAAGAACUUUUCUUCGUGGGAUAACAGAUUACUUUCAAAACUACUGGUCCCUCGAGAAACUUGUUAAUUUUGUCUGCCGAGAACUUCAAUGUUUCUCCAGGGGCCAGACAUUAUAGUUAACUUUAUUUAACGCCUUGUGACAAAAAAAAAUAUUUUUAAGAGAAAAAGUUUUGUUUUUGCACAAGAAUAAAUUGACACGAUAGGCACAAAAAGAAGGAAAAAUAUGCGGUUUCAGAAGUAUAACUUGGUGUUUAAGGUUAUAACUUUGAAGCGGUCACGGUUUCUUCUGACUCAUCAUCACUUUUAACGUCAAUAUCAUGCCGCCUACAACAAUACUCCCAGCUUCCUUUUUGGCGUAUAGGUUCUAAUGAUACAUAAUUAUAUGCAAACACUACAGUUUUGUCAUGUUGCUUCUUUUCUUUAUCUCUAUCCUUAUUAUCCUGGCUUACUUGUGUGGCACAAUUUAACGACGCGUGCAUAAGCACUGAGAUUAUAAAGUGCGUUAGUCUGAACGUUCGACGCAAGUGAAAACAAGCCUUAAUACUAAUGGCUUAAAUUUGGCUUUUUGGUAGGUAAGUUACAGUAAAGCUAUCGAUUACUUCCUGAUGACUUCACUGGGUUUUAUAUUUAUGGCACUACUGGAAUACAUCCUUGUGCUUAAUACGGAUCCACGUUUCUGCAGCCAAAGACGAAAAGAAGUAAGCAAUGAAAAGAUGAAGUCAUUAUACAAGGUAACGUGUUGACUCUUUGAGCUCUUUUCAGACAAAAGAGCGUUUCCACAUGACGUCACGGCGACCAUAUUGCUGUUCCAAAAUAAUGUCUUGUUCCAAGAAAUUUUGCUUAAAUGCUUUCCACGUGAGUAAAAACGCUAUCAGAGUGAACACUUGAAAUAAACGGAAGUUCUUCAUUUUAGAACCUUUUUGCAGCCACUUAAAAGCAGUCAACAUAAAUGUAUUAAAUUUUAGUUGUAAAAAUGAGUUAUAGAUGUUUAUUUGUCCCAAAGACAUAAAGCAUAGCGUAAUUUGGUUUGAUUAGCUUGCUUACUGAUGCUUUAUUUUUUUGGGUCAGUUUGUUUCAAUCCCAUUAACUAAUGAUAUAUAUCAAGAGAGGAUAAAGGGGACAGAGAAGGCAUGCUCCAUACAUACCGUAUUCCAUAGGUAAUUCUUCUCGAGUUAUUUUUAAGACCACAGAUCCCAAGGGGGAUUAGACAACAGCCAAUCACAUAGCGCGAAUGUGUUUCACGUGGAUGACCCACGCUCAGAGCCACGCGUCCUUCACGAAUUCACGCUGAAAAAAAUGGCACAAGAGUCGGAGAGCGAUAUUGCUAUUCGUUUUGUCGACGAAAACGACUAAAGAGAGAUUCCUACUAAAGCGGUGUCAGCGAAAUGGAAAUUGAAAAAGAAUCGCCCUUCCUCUCUUGUACAGAGCUAACAGUACGGCACGGAAAUCCUUAGCACGCUGAAUAUUCUCUCAGAUUCAUUUAUAAUUUACAGUUUGAAGAGAGCAAUAUGUGGUUUGAUAUUUAUUCUUUUAUUAGUCUUUUACUAUUCAACAAAAAUAACACUUGGCGUCCUACUUGCUUUAUUGUACAAACGACCGGUUUCAAUAGGGAUCUCUUUUCUAGAGAUCCAACGUUUACAACUAGCGGAUCUUCGUCCACGGUUUUUGCAGUUAAUUUAAUCCGAUUUCAAUAGACCGGCGAAAUUUCUCAUUUUAUUAAAGCACUGAGGUUACGACAACUUCGAGUUAAACUGAUUUCACGGGUUGUCAAGGAGUCCAGCGAUUCCCUUUUCCUAGGUGAGCGCCGACUCAUUUCGCUUCAAUAUUCAGAAAUGCUCUCAUUGCCUUUCGCCCGACAUGUUUUGCACGGCGUUUAAUCAUGCGAAACCUCCACGAAACAUCCACGCAGUGCGCGAGGUAACUUUAUCCCGAUUCUAAAAAUAACUCGAGACGAAUUACCUAUGGAAUAGGGUGUGUAUGAGGGAUGCCUUCUGUGUCCCCUUUAUCCUCUCUUAUAUAUAUCUAAUACCAAUAUUCUUUUGGCAAGCAGCAAUUUUUCCAUUAUUAUUUAAAAAGUAGUUUAAGAAUAUGUUUAAUCGAUUGGAUCAUUUCUAGGAGAUUCCUCCUGACACCCUUGUGGGCUUAACGGAUAGACAGAACAAACCAGAUGAACUUCCCAUGACGCCUUUAAACGGAGACAGCAAGAUGAUUGACAAGGAGCCGCCCAAGACGCCAGAAAAUGUUAAGAAUCAUUGGAUCGACUGCGUGUCCAGAGUUGUUUUUCCAGUGAUUUACUUCUCAUUUAUAAUUUUUUACUGGAUAUACUACUUUAAUCACCCUGAUUCUGCGCUUAGUAACUAAGUGCAGGAAUAACGUUUUACGCUUAACAGGACCUGGGUUGAGUUAUGUCAAGAGAGGGUAACUUC